UUUAACAAAAAGAUCGGCAAAAUUAAUUUCCGUCGCAUUAAAAUCUUUACAUCAAAACUGGAUUAUAACAGAUCCGUUGAUAUUGGCACUCAGCAGGAAAACAACUCGGGGGUAACCAACAAAAUGGUAAAACGCACCGACGGCACUGAAUCUCCCAUACUGGCUGAAGACGGUGGCGAUGGACAUGACAAACCGCGAUUGCGCUACGGGGAACUAGUGAUACUCGGCUACAAUGGUUACUUGCCACAGGGAGAUCGCGGACGGCGACGCUCCAAGUUCGUGCUGCACAAGCGGACGGAGGCGAGCGGCGUCAAGCGGUCCAAACACUACAUCGUCCAAUCGCCACAGACCUCGAAGGCCAUACUGGAUGCCAACCAGCAUUCAAUCUCGUACACACUGUCGCGCAACCAGGCGGUAAUCGUCGAGUACAAGGAGGAUGCGGAAACGGACAUGUUUCAGGUGGGACGCUCCUCGGAGUCGCCGAUUGACUUUGUGGUGAUGGACACGCUGCCCGGCGACAAGAAGGAUGCCAAGGUGAUGCAGAGCACCAUUUCUCGCUUCGCCUGCCGCAUUCUGGUCAACCGCUGUGAGCCUGCCAAGGCGAGAAUAUUCGCCGCCGGCUUCGAUUCGAGCAGAAACAUAUUCCUUGGGGAGAAGGCCACCAAGUGGCAGGACAAUGUGGAAAUCGAUGGCCUGACCACCAACGGCGUGCUGAUUAUGCACCCCAAGGGCUCCUUCUGUGGCGGCAAUGCCAAGUGCGGCCUCUGGCGCGAGUGCUCCGUGGGCGGCGAUGUCUUCAGCCUGCGCGAGUCGCGUUCGGCCCAGCAAAAGGGUCAGCCCAUCUAUGACGAAUGCAACAUCCUGCAGGAUGGCACACUUAUUGAUCUCUGCGGCGCAACCUUGCUCUGGCGUUCCGCCGAGGGCUUGCAACACUCGCCGACCAAACACGAUUUGGAGAAACUUAUCGAUGCCAUUAAUGCCGGUCGUCCACAGUGCCCGGUGGGCCUGAACACACUGGUUAUACCACGCAAAGUUAACAUUGGGGAUCAGGUGAACCAGCCUUACGUGUACUUAAACUGCGGCCACGUCCAGGGCCAUCACGAUUGGGGUCAGGACGAGAACACCGGGGCCCGCCGCUGUCCCAUGUGCCUGGAACUCGGCCCGGUGGUCACGCUGUGCAUGGGUCUGGAACCGGCCUUCUAUGUGGACGUGGGCGCUCCGACGUACGCAUUCAAUCCAUGCGGACACAUGGCGACUGAGAAAACUGUCAAAUACUGGGCAAAUGUGGAGAUACCGCACGGCACCAACGGAUUUCAGGCCGUCUGUCCCUUCUGUGCGACGCCCUUGGAUGGUGCGACCGGCUACAUUAAAUUAAUAUUCCAGGAUAAUCUAGAUUAAAUAUAAAUAUAAUGGAUUGUAUUUACGUCUAUAUAGAUACUGUAGUAAUUGAAAGAUGUCCAAGUUUGAAGCAGGCAUUAAAACUAGGCUUUAUUUAUUAUCAUUAAUUAACAUUAAAAGGCAACAGAAAAUACUGAAUACUGAAACACAAAAAGAGAACAAAUUUAAUCGAAGCAAAGCAAAGAAACGUUUGUAUUUGUUGUGUCUCUGGCGACUUUAGUUUUUCAUUAAUCGGUUGCUGAUAUGUAACUGCUGCAUUAUGUUAAGCGAAUCAAUUCAAUUAAUUGCGAAGUUAACAAAGCCACAUUAGACACCCCAUUCCCCGAUCAAAUUUGCAUGUUUACGUUUCAUGUUUGGUUUCUCCACUGUAUAAUGUAAAAAUUAUUUGAAAUAAUGAAUGCAACGCAAACGAACGCAAUGAUCAGCAGCACACAUCAACCAUACGAAUUAACACGAAUGGAAAUUGCAUAAUUGUAAAAGUUGAGACCGAAUGUAAAUCGCAGAUAUAUUUAUAGCCCCAACGGCAACCGCAUAAAUUGUGUAUAAUUGUGUAAAAACAAACAAGAUUGAAAUGUAAUCGUUGAACCUUAUCAUUCGCAAUUAAUUGCAAAUACCCAACAUUGCUAUGGACUGGUCAUCCAGUCGAUAUGCAGAAACAACAUUUACGUAUUUCUCACCAAAUCUAGAGCUUACAUUUAAACCGAAGAAUGACCGAGGAGAAUCUAACACAAUUAUCCAUUUAACUUCAACAAAUAAAAACGUGGUAAAGCAUUAUUCUAAAUAACAAGUAACAAUAAAAACAAAAACAAAA